AUGGCGGGCAAUGGCACUGGAUCAAGGUUUAAUCGUGCUGUCAUCAUAGUGGCUGGUGUUGCAGCUCUUGUUGCAACCGCACUGACAUGCGUCAAAAACUAUCGCAAGCCUCUUUUACAGCGAUAUGUAGUUCGUAUACUUGUGAUGGUUCCGAUCUUUUCGGCAGCAUCAUGGGCAAGCCUCACAUCACUGUCCGUGGCAUUCUGGGUAAGGCCUGUACAGGAUGUAUAUGAAGCCUUCACUAUAUAUACCUUCUUCCAGCUCCUAAUCAACUUUCUUGGCGGCGAGCGAGCCCUCAUCGUGAUGAUGCAUGGUCGACGGCCAGUCUCGCAUCUCUGGCCCCUCAACCAUUGCCUCCCUAAAGUCGACAUCUCCGAUCCGCAUACUUUCCUUGCUAUAAAGCGUGGUAUUCUUCAGUACACCUGGGUGAAGCCUGUACUCGCGGUAGCAGCCAUCAUUCUGAAAGCUACCGGAACCUAUAAAGAAGGAUAUCUUGGCGUGACCUCUGGCUACUUCUGGAGUGGCUUGAUAUACAACGUAAGCAUCACCGUAUGCCUAUAUGCCCUUGCCUUGUUCUGGGUGUGUAUGUCAGCCGAUCUGCAACCUUUCCGACCUAUGCCCAAGUUCCUCUGUGUCAAGGGCAUCAUCUUCGCAUCCUACUGGCAAGGCUUCUUCUUGUCGAUUCUUGUUUGGCUCAAUGCCUUGCCCAACGAUGUCCAAGGCUAUACACCGGACAAUCUGGCAGCAUCUAUUCAGGAUGCCCUGAUCAGCUUUGAAAUGCCCCUCUUUGCGAUACUGCACUGGUACGCAUUUUCUUGGCACGAUUAUGCCGACGUCACGAUUUCAUCUGCCCGUAUGCCGAUCAAAUAUGCGCUGCGAGAUGCUUUCGGACCACGAGAUUUGAUCGAAGACACCAAAGGAACUUUCUCUGGGAAAAACUAUGAGUAUCGCUACUUUGACGCGCGUGACAACGUUCUGGGACACGAGCAAUCAGCAUCACGUACUGCAAGAAUGAUGGAAGGCAUGAGAUACGAACGAGGAGGCAAAGGCAAAUAUUGGAUUCCGAAACCAGGAGAGCAUGCUGACGACAGUCGGACUCCGCUGCUGAAAAAAGCGGCGGAGAGUCGGGCUCGCACGAUGAGUCCUGGUGCACAUCGAGCCCUCGAGACAAAUACUUAUGGCGUUGCCGAAGAAGACAACAUGGAAGAGAGUCUAGAUCCUGAAGAAGAGCAGCUAUAUACCAAUGCUCGAGCACUCGAAUUUGGAGAUUGCAAUUACCCGGUCAUUACAGCACACACUGCAAGUCGUGAACAGAGACUAUAUGGUAGCCCCACGAUAGUGUCCGCGUCCACAAACAGGCAUGUUUUACAGCCGACUAGACAGAACAAACAACGUCGCAAGAGCCGAAUACAACAUAUUCAGGAGGAGGCUGAGGAUCGGAGAAACAGUGAGAGUUCAAGCAACUCCAAAUCGCCAUCUCGUCUGCAAGCGGUGGGACAGAUGUUGAAGCGGAACCACUCAUCGUCCUCAGGUUCAGGCAAGUCGGACAGGAGUCAGCUUGUCGAUCUUGUAGUGGAAGACCACGAGGCUGAAGACAUCGAGAGGGUCCGAGCUCGCAAGGAAGGAGGGCCUGGUUGGAACGAGGCUGAACCGAAGCACUACGUUAAAACAUAUCCAGAGGAGGGAGAAGCAGAAGUAGUACGGGAAGGCUUUGAGCCGGAUGCGCCUCACACUCAUACUGAGGAUGAGCACAAUCUCGAUCGGCCAUUCGCGGAUGGGGAUAACGAAGAAGACGUGGGCGGUUUCUCUGCACAUCAAUCUGAUGAAGCCCUCAGGUGGCAGACGCGAGACCACACAGACGAGCCAUCUCACAGCAGUUCGCACUUUGGUAGCUUCCGAGAAGAGCGCGACGUCUGGGGCAAUGCGAAGGAGCAAGACCAGGACUGA